AGCGCUGGUUUAUGUGUUGUUCCGCCUUGAGCCCCUGAUGUUUUGUGGUGUUGGUCCUGCCUCCCUGACAGGAUUGGGAGUUUCCCUUGCCAUUAAUUAAUGGAUGGGUUGCAACUUAGAUUACUAGGUUGCUGGCCUCUGAACUCUGUGGUUUGGGCACCUGGUUCUCAGAAUUUGGCUCCUCUGACCCACCGCCACCUCCGUGUCCACCCCGCCCUGGACGCAACAGUUGCCACUUGAGAUAGAAGCAAGAAGGCUAUGAAACACUCUGCGAGGCACUGAGGAUAGUUUUCCCGUUUGUGGUCUUAACGUCCCGAUGGCUGGUCUGAGGAGAGGGCCUCAUGUUCCGGUGCAGCGCUGACUGUUGUGAGGACAGCCAGGCGUCCAUGCAGCAGGUGCACCAGUGCAUUGAGCGCUGCCACGCACCUCUGGCUCAAGCCCAGGCCCUGGUUACCAGCGAGUUGGAGAAGUUCCAGGACCGCCUGGCCCGGUGCACCAUGCAUUGCAACGACAAAGCCAAAGACUCCAUAGAUGCAGGGAGCAAAGAGCAUCAGGUGAAGCGGCAGCUGGAGAGUUGUGUGACCAAGUGCGUGGAUGACCAUAUGAACCUCAUUCCCACCAUGACCAAGAAGAUGAAGGAGUCUCUCUCAUCCAUUCAGAAAUAGCAGUCUUUGCCAUUGGCCAUGGAGGCUGAGGGCAGGAACCUGUUUAAAAUGAAGAGUGCGAAUGUUGGUCUUUUAAGCAGUGUAGGGAUGAAGAAAUUAAGGAUGGCAGCAAGUUUAAGGCAUGUGUCACUUGCCUCUGGACAGGGUUCUUUUUUGUUUAUUCCUAGAAAGUGAAAUGGGGGAAAAACUGGUGCUAAAGUUUGGGUCAGAGCGUUUCUGAGGGCCUAAAUUUUAUGUGGCAAAUGCUUAUCCUGGCAGCAGGCAUUUCCCUCACAUGAAGACACAGCCC